AUGGAUAAAUCCAAACCCUACCCCCAACAAAGAAAACCACUCUUCAAACCAACCCUAAUAAUCCACGGCGGCGCGGGCGCCCUAAAAAGAUCCACCCUCCCUCCAUCCCUCUACGCUCAAUACCAAACCUCCCUGCUCACUUAUCUCCGCUCCACACACUCCCUCCUCAAGUCCGGCUCCACAGCCCUCGACGCCGCAGUCCACGCCGUAACCCUCCUCGAAGACGAUGAGCUCUUUAACUGCGGCCGCGGAAGCGUCUUCACCUCCGCCGGCACCAUUGAGAUGGAAGCCUCUGUCAUGGUGACAUCCCUCGUGUCCGAUGAUUCUUCGGAUUACCCAGGGUCGACCAAGAGAGGCGCAGGUGUCAUGGGAUUGAGGAAUGUUCGACACCCAAUCCUGGCGGCUAAGGAGUCACUUUUACGGACCGGAUAUGGAGGUGAGGAUGGGGGCAGUAUGCAUUCGCAGCUUGUGGCGCCGUAUGUGGAGGAGAAGGCCAGGGAGUGGGGACUGGAGUUCAUGCAUGAUGAGUGGUUCUGGACACAACGACGGUGGGACGAGCAUCUACGGGGUCUCCGCGGGGAGCCUGAGCCGAUCAGUUUUAGCCAGGGGACGGUCGGGUGUGUUUGUCUUGAUAUGUGGGGUGGGAUGGCUGUUGCGACAAGUACUGGGGGGUUGACGAAUAAGUGGCCUGGGCGGAUUGGGGAUACGCCAACUUUGGGAGGUGGGUUUUGGGCGGAGGGUUGGGAUGUUCAGUCUAAUACAGUAGUCGAUGGUGAGGAGCGUGAAGGGCGAGGAGGGCUUUUGGAUGGGAUGUUGGGGGAUUGUUUAUCGUUCUUUAAUAGCAGAGGAGAGGGUUAUGUGUCUUUGCCCAUGGAGGUCCCUAUGGAGAGGAGACUAGGGGAGAAGAUGGUAAUGUGUUCUAGUCCGGAAAAUAGGGUCAAGAGACGGGCUGCAGCUGUUUCGGGUACUGGGAAUGGGGACUCCUUUCUGAGGGUUGCGGCGGCGAGGACGGCUUGUGCUAUGGUUCGUUUUUCGGAGCGGACGCCCACACUGGCUGAUGCUGUUGCUGCGGUUUCUGGGCCGGGUGGUGAGUUACAGCGUUCGGCUGGAAGGCGCUGGGGAGUUACCAGAGAGGGUGAAGGGGGCAUUAUUGGAAUUGAGGCAGAGGUGGAAGUGGAUGAGGAUACGGGAGUGCCUGUGCCUGGGAUGCAGCUGGGACGGGGGCAGGUGGUGUUUGAUUUCAAUUGCGGAGGGAUGUGGAGGGCGUGGGUGGAAGAGGAUGGCGAUGGGAACGAUCUGGAGAAUGUGAUGGUUUUUAGAGAGCCGUAUUAG